UGAAUGUGUAGUUUAGUUAUACGUUUUUAGACCUCCUAAUCCAGUGUGGUAUUCAUGUUUGUUCUGCGUUAUUUCUUUGAAAUGUUUGUUCCUUUAACCCUGAAUACUACACAAAUAUUCAUAAAUGGAUUAAAUCCACCGCAGAGAGAAACUUUGCAUCUCUAUUGAAUAUAAAGGAAUUAUUCAGAUUAUUCGAAGAACUAGAUUACUUGUCAUGCAAGUUAUUUCACACGAUAAAGCAUCAUCCUCACCAUCAUCAUCAUCACCACCAGCACUGUCGACUUCACAAAUGAUUAUAACUUCACCAGUUACAAUGACAACAGCUAUUCAUCCUGGUUCACCAGGAUUCUCUUUACCACCUAAAAUAGGUACAUUAAUUCCAAAUCGUAUAUUUGUUGGCGGGAUUAAUUCAAAUACAACUGAAGAUGAAUUACGUACAUUUUUCUCAACCUAUGGAGUUAUUAAAGAUGUAAAAAUUAUCAAUGAUAAAUCUGCUCAAUCGAAAGGCACUUAUGGAUUUGUUACAUUUGAAAAUCAAGAGAUAGCUGAAAAAAUAAUUAAAAAUGAGACUGAAGCAUUAAUAUUUAAAGAUAGAAAACUGAAUAUUGGUUAUGCUGUUCGUAAACAAAAUGUAUUUUCAAAACAAGAAAUGGGUAAUACAUAUUUUCUAGCACAUAAUGUCUGUCCAAUGACCACUAAUGGAUUAUCAAUGUUUCAAAUGUGUCCACAUGAAUGCUCAUUUGUAGCUAUGAAUCAGCCUGCUAUAUACUAUCCAACGACGUCGACAGCAUUGUUGGUGCCUCAGUGUACACCAACAAUUCAAGAACUGAAUACACAACUCCAUGUUAAAUAUAAUACAAGCAAACCAAAUCCACAAUGCUGCUUUAAUUCAAAUUUAUCAAAUAUACCAUUUAUGAGUUAUUUAUGCACACAUAAUAUGAUGUCUGGUCAAAAACCUCAAUUAAUAACAAAUAAUAUAGGGACAACAAUACCAGAAGUAUCCCCAGCAGUUAUACAGGCAAUGACAAUAAAUUCAAAUGACCAACUCUUGAAUAAUGAUUUUAAACCUACAACAACAAAUUCUUUAACUCCAAAUGUAUCCAAUCAAUUAAAAAAUCAGGAAAUGAAAAUAAAUGAAUUAAACAACUGCUCAUUCACUACAUCAUCAACAGAAGCAUCAGCAUUCACCACGCCUAGUCAGCAGAAAACAUUUCCUCCACUGACAUCCCCUUCAGCCUAUUCCCUACCGACUAUAAAUGCAUAUCAGAAUCAAAAUAUACCAACAACAAAAUAUCAUCCAUGUUUAUACAUUAAACCAGAAGAUACAAUCAGAUGGACAGAUGUCUCACAGAACCCACCGCCUACAUAUCUAUGCGAUACUUCACUGACAAAAAAUUAUGAUAAUGAUCGAAUACUAGUUGGUAAUACUACCAUUAAUGCUCCAACUUCUGCUCCCAGUCCUACAACAACAACGACGACAACAAAGACUGUGACUCAUACAGAUAUAUGCGGUACUGAUAAUCCAACUUUAUCAAAUCUACCACAGCAUUGGAAUCAUUUAUUAUCUCAGUCUAAUCAAAAUCAGAAUAUAUCAAUAUUUUCAAAUCAAGCACUGGCUACUCAAAUGAAAUCAGUAGUAAAGCAACAACAACGCCAAUCAGAAAUAUCCUCAGACAUGUUUCAUAAACGAAUAGAUAUCAUGAAUAGUAAUAACAGUCAAUCAGAAUCCCUAUUAAUGAAAAUACUACCAUCAUAUUAUGCACAAAAUAAAGUAGGAUCAUUAUUGAUCAGUCAAAAUAAUAAAAAUGAUGAUUAUGGAUCUGUAAACUGCACUAAUAACAGUAGUAAUCAUACAAUAAAUACAGAAGGACAUAAUCCACUAAAUAAUUUAUGGAAUAUAAAACUUGAUAAUGAAGAUUUACAAGGUAAACAUCAACGAAUUAUGUCCAACAAGAAUAAUACUGAUAUGAGAUAUACAAAACAAAAUGAUAAGUUAUAUCAACUCGGCUGCAAUACAAAUACAAGAGUAGAAAUACAAGACGCCAAUAAAAUCACAUCGAUUUCAUGUAUGAAUAACUUUCAUGAAGAACAGUUGGCACCCACUGAUCAAAAUGUUGAACAAAAUUUCUAUAAUCUAUUAAAAUACUUCGAAGAACUAUUUGGGAAACAAAUAGAUACAAAUUCACAAGUAGAAAUGGAUGAGAAAAGAACUGCUAUAGGAAAUACUUCAUUACAAAACUUUCAUUUGCCGAACAAUCCUUCUAAUUCAAAUGAAAAUGAAAACAGCAUUUCCUCACAUCAAACGUGUUUAGGAGACAUGAAUUUACUAAAUGAGAAUAAUAGUAAUAAUAACAAUAAUAAUAAUCACCAUCAUGAACUGGGUGAAAAGAAUUCGAUCAAUUCAAAAUCUUUCCUACGGAAGACAAUAAAUGAUACUGUCAAUAUUAAAAAUAAAUCGUACCUCAAUGGUUCAAUUGAAAAGAUGGCAGACAAUAAUUCAAAACAAUUAACAACGCCAAAGACCACUAAUACUACCACUACUAUUACUAUGAAUUCUUAUAAUUCAUAUUUAUUGCGAAAACUAAACGAUGAAGCUUCUAAGGAAAAUCAACACAACCAGACCAUAAAUGGGAAAAAGGAUAAUAAUAGAUAUAAAAAAUUUCAACCGAAAUCGAAUACCAAUCCAGUAAAAACAUCGAAUAUUAGUAAAAAUAUUAAUAAUAAUAAUAACAAUGGCUUAACUUUAAAGAAUCCGACACGAUCAUCAUUAAAACAAUGAAAUAUUCAUUUAAUAUCAAACAAGAAAUUUUAAAAAAAACAUUUUCAACAUUUAACCAGCGAAAAGGAGAAGCAUGAAAUAGCCUAAAAUGAUAAAAUGAAUUCAAUCGCGAUAAAAAUCGUACGAAUUAAACAAAUUAAACCAAAAAAAAUUAAGGUGGAGUUAAAAUUUCAAAUUCACGCCAACUCUUUAUUUACGUUAAAAUUAAAACAAAAUAAAAUUGACAGUUGAAUAACUGUUUG